AUGUAUUUGAAGCCAUCUACACUCCUACUCUUUGUGCUCACUACCGCAGCGACCAUGUCGAACAGUACUACGACGACAGUCGAACCUUUCAAUCUCUCUGCUCCAGCAGGCACUGAUAUUUGGCGCAAGCCCCCGUCCCACAACGCCUUCAAUGCAUCAACAUACCCUGCCCAACUUCCCACCUACGACCUCAAGAAUUUCCAACGAGCAAAACUCACCUUUGCCCUUCUUCCAUCGGAUAAACUCCGUCAGUACGACCAAGCCGGUCUCUUGUUACACUUGACCAAGCCCGGUGUCCCAGACAACGAAACAAAAUGGGUCAAGACUGGCAUCGAGUUCUACUACGGGAAGCCUUAUGUGGCAACGGUGGGAUGUGAUGCUUGGGCUGACUGGUCACUGGUUCCCAUGCCAGAUUUUAAGAACGGAACUCAGCCUGGAGCAACUAUCGAAGCAAGAAGGGAGAGGGACGUUUUGGGCAAGAGUCUGUGGAUCUAUUGGAUUGUCAGGGAUGAAGCUGGGAAGGAGGUGGAGAGACGACCGCUCAGAGAGGUUACGUGGUUUCUCGCGGAAGAGGAGGGAUGGAGUGUGAGUGUUGCAGGGUAUGUCUGUAGACCGACUACUGAAGGUGGUGAAGAGAUGCUUGGGGCGGAGUUCAAGGAGGGUGUCGAGAUUGAGAUCUUGAACUCUGAAUAGGACAUGGGAGUAGGUGGCACUCAGCUAUAUCCCAACAUAUGACUUGACUGCCACAGAGAGAAGAGGCAUUCAAUCUUGAUAGGGUCAGGUUGUUUGACUACUGCAGAGGGUGGGGCGUUCAAUCUCGAUAGAAUUGAGUCUUUUUACUACUACAGAAAAACACACAAUCAUUGAUCAAGCCCUUCCUAUCUUCACAUGACAACAGCCUCAUAAAGCAAUGACUUCAAGUCUCGACAUUACAUGCUCUCUAAAUCAACCCCAGGCUCGUUAUCAAUAUCACGUCACACCGGAUCCAUCAGAAACAAACACGCCAUUCACUUUCCCCAGACCACGUGCCGAACAUAAGCGUCCGACCUCCC